ACCCCUACACCUGAGUGAUCUAUCUUCCUAUGUUUUUAUUCCUACAGAAGAUCCCAAACAAAACCCUGUCAGAAUCAAAGAAGGUGACUUUCGCCUCAAGAACAACAAGACCAGCUGAGUUCAAGAAGACGGACCGCAGCCUGCUGCUGAGUCCAGACGGGUCAUCAAGAGUGCCCUUUGACCCAAAGCAGAAACCCAAGUUUGGGGUCUUAAAGUCUCCGCCCACAGCACUCUCUGCCAGAAAGACCCCGAAGGCCAACAGGAAGAGCGGCCACAAUACUCCAAAGGAGACUGCUAAACGCCGGCCUUCAGCAGCAGACUUCUUCUAACCCCCCCCUUACAGACUGUCGACACAGACCCCCUGCUCUCUGUGAACUGACCAGACUGACUUCCCUUUUGAUAUAUAUUUAGAAGUAUUUCUGUGUUUCUAUCAGUGUUGCUUUUGCUUCUUUAAGGGAUUGAACGUUUUAAUAAAUGUUAAGCUCA